GGUCCGGUCCGGUUCGGCGCGGCCUGCUCGCGGCGCCCAAGAUGUCGACCAAGAACUUCCGCGUGAGCGACGGCGACUGGAUCUGCCCGGAUAAGAAGUGCGGGAACGUGAACUUCGCCAGGAGGACGAGCUGCAACCGCUGCGGCCGAGAGAAAACCACCGAGGCCAAGAUGAUGAAGGCCGGCGGCACCGAGAUCGGCAAGACGCUGGCCGAGAAGAGCCGCGGCCUCUUCAGCGCCAACGACUGGCAGUGCAAAACAUGUGGUAAUGUGAACUGGGCCCGAAGAUCGGAGUGUAAUAUGUGUAAUACUCCCAAGUAUGCUAAGCUGGAGGAAAGGACAGGAUACGGAGGAGGAUUUAACGAACGUGAGAACGUUGAGUAUAUAGAACGUGAAGAAUCAGAUGGAGAGUACGACGAGUUUGGUCGCAAAAAGAAAAAGUAUAGAGGGAAGCCAGUUGGUCCAGCAUCUAUCCUGAAAGAAGUAGAAGAUAAAGAAUCUGAAGGGGAAGAUGAGGAGGAUGAGGAUGAAGAUCUUUCCAAAUAUAAAUUGGAUGAGGAUGAGGAUGAAGAUGAUGCAGACCUUUCAAAAUAUAAUCUUGAUGCUAGUGAAGAAGAGGACACUAAUAAGAAAAAGAAAUCCAAUAGGCGCAGUCGUUCUAAGUCUCGAUCUUCCCACUCACGAUCUUCAUCGCGCUCAUCCUCCCAUUCAAGCUCAAGGUCUAGGUCCAGGUCCCAUUCAAGAAGCUCUUCCAGUUCCAGAUCAAGAUCUCGCUCCAGCUCCCAAGAGCACUCUAGAUCUCGUGGGUCGAAAUCAAGAUCCAGCUCCAGGUCCGUCAGGGGGUCUUCAACCCCAAGAAAAAGAUCUUACUCAAGCUCUCGUUCAUCAUCUUCGCCUGAGAGAAGCAAGAAGCGAAGUCGUUCUAGAUCUUCUUCAUCUGGUGAUCGCAAAAAAAGACGAUCRAGAUCACGGUCACCCGAAAGACGCCGCAGAUCAUCAUCCGGAUCUUCCCAUUCUGGUUCCCGUACAAGUUCUAAAAAGAAAUAAUGUAUUAAAGGUCACAGUUUAAAAAAAAAAAAAAAACACCCAGAAAAGAAAAUCCAGUCAGUGCAUGAGACAUAUUUUUAAGAAGUUGGUGUCUUACUUGGUCAGAAGUGCUGAAUCUGCUAGUAGAGGUGCAUGUCUGUCCUUGCUUUCUGGAAAAUUGCCGCUUUGUUCAUMCACAAAAAAGUGAGGUAGCAUUUUAAGCCAUAAACUCCCCAGAGGAGGGGUGAAGUUUUGCUGUUUGAGUAAGUUGUUUUCUUUCUUUUUGUAUUGUUUUUUAAAGACUCAGUUACUCCAUUCCUGGCUCUUACUUAGGAGCAGACGUGGGUUGGAUCUGUUGUUCUAACAGAGCUCCUCUUCAGGUGGCAGUUACACAAGUACAGGAGGAUAUGUGAGGAACCCUCAGCUUUCUGCAUCCAGCUCCCGAGCUUCUUCAGCGCACCUCCUGCGGGACCAUGACAGAGUAGUGUAGCUGUAGGGCUAACGUAACCCCUAGGGUUACAGUAGUAAGUUUUUGAAGCCUUUUUGGUUUGUUUUCCCUGUGUAAAGGCAUAAAAGGCAUAAGUAAAGGCAUAAAGGCAUAAGUGARGGCGUAGCCCAGUGCCCCCUUUUUCUUUGUAGGCAGUGUAGUGCCGAAUAGCUGUUAGAUACCAGCCUGCAGCGCAGAGUUGCACACGGGGUUCCCGGGGCGCGAGGACGUGGCAGGCUCCGUAGCUGCGGCCUCGCGCUCUGUCUGCAGGGCUUGCAGCUGCGUGUGGCCUGGGGCUCGUCAGCCUGACCUGCAAAAGGAUCCACUGCUUAGGAACCACCCUUGAGGGGGAGAAGUUGGGAAGUAGCUUCUGGGAAUCAAGCUUCUGCAGCCCAUCUGUGAAAUUAAUUUUAGGCUGACCAAAAAUUUCAAGGUAUCUGAUUUUCUUUAUACUUAAAAGUGGAAAAUAAUAAAACUGUAGAAAGUUGCGCCACCUUAAAUGUGUUUUUCAAUCGUUCUUGUCCCUCAAACAUGUAUAACAUGGCUUAAAAUGCUUUAUAGACUUUAAUAGCAAUAUUACAUUUAAACUUGGUCACUCUUGAGCUCCGUUAAUGGUAAAGACAGGUUUAAGUAUCUUCAGUGCCAUCACAAGGUAAGUAUGUUAAGGAAAACUCUUCUAAGUCAACAAAGAGCAAUAUAUCUGCAGUUGCUUCAGUAGUAAAGUUUCCAAACCCUUAUUUCAUAGCUGCUUUUAUAAAAUGAACUGCACAGAACAAACGGAGCAAACUACAUCUGCUUUUUU